AUGCCGGACGUGCAGUUGGACAUGGCAGUGGUUGGGGGUCUGGUGGAGGAUGCGCGCGUGGGCAAGCAAGCUAGACGUGCCCAAACUGUGUGGAAGGACAAUUCCUCUCGUCUCCGGGAUGGUGCAGGCAUUGUCUCCGACGCAGACUGGCGCCCUGAGUUUGCAGAAGACGUGUUUGGUGUUCUGCGUCAGUCAUGGUUGAGGCGGGUGCACCACUGGGAUUUGGUUCCUCGUCUUUUCAGGCAUGUUGCGUCGAGCACUGAUGUUCCUUUACUUGGUGACGAAGAAGUGGCUAUUCUUCGCGAAGAUCUGCGCCUUUUUCUGAGUAGUAAAGGUCUCGAGUGCCCCUCCACCGUGCCUUCAGGCCAGCCGUUUGCGCUUCACCUAUUGCGUGGCAUGCUCAUGUUGUCCAAUGACGUGGAUGCAGAGUUACCAACGCUGCUUGAGCGCGGAGUUCCCACGGGCAUCCGUGACGCUAUCCCGGCCUCAGGGGUCUGGCGCCCUGUGGAUGUGCCAGAACGUCCUCCUGUAGACCUCCUUACCUGGCAAGAGCCAUGGAGCUCCGGGCGACAAGACCCGGAUACCGUGUUGCAGCUGGUGCAGGAAGAUGUUGAUCUUGGGUUUGCUGAGUGGCUCCCUGGGGGCUUGGCUGAAGCUCGCGCUCGGUUUGGUGCAGCUUGCGCGGCCGGACGGCUCGGCCUUGUCAAAAAGGAAGGUGCGCCCCCGCGCCUGGUGGGUGAUAGCACAGUGUCUGGAGCAAAUCUCCUUUGUCGGAUUGGCGAGCGCAUAGAGAUGCCUUCCCUUCAGGAUGUCAGCGAAUUCCUUUCCAGAGACCCGGAGGCUCUGUGGACAGGCUUCAUCAUGGACGUCUCCAAGGCGCACAAACGCGUGAAAGUGGCUCCGGAAGAUUGUGGUUUCUCUCUCUUUGCGAUCAUUGACAGCAGAGGCGAGACUCACUGGAUCAUGUAUAGGACCUGUCACUUUGGAGGAGCCUGGUCCGCAUAUUGGUGGUCCCGUGCCGCCGGAACCUUCGUGAGGAUCGGUCACAAGCUCUUGCGUUUGCGACAUUUUCUGGCUGUGUAUGUAGACGACAAUUUUGCCUUGCUGCCGCGCUCAACAGCUCCAUUAUGUGCGUCGUUGUUGAUUUGCUUGGCGGUGGCGCUUGGGCUACCGUUGAGUUGGCGAAAGCUUCGCCUUGGUACAUCGCUGCGGUGGAUUGGCUGGGAGAUCUUCCUGGAAUCUUGCCCCGCAGCCACUUUACCGCUUGACAAGCGCAAGCGUUUGGUGGAAAUGCUGGCGCCGCUUUGCGUGCCUCUGGCCGUGAUCAAGCGCAAAGAGCUAGAGAAGUGCCUGGGUUUGCUCUGCUGGUUCACUUCAGCCCUGCCUUCCUUGCGACCUUGGCUGCAGGCUUUAUUUCAGGUUCUCCAUAAACCUGCCAUCUUGGUGAGGGCUUUGGACUCUGCGCAAUUAGCAGAUCUUCGUGGGUGUGUGGACGACAAGCUGGUUGUGGUGCAGAAAGCUAGGAGCUGUUCCGUCUCUGUCGGCUGGCGUGCUCUGGAAGUGGCUCACGUUCCCGUCACCUGCAAGACCGCGCUGCGGUGCACUGGACAGCGUUCGGUGUGGGUCAAGUUUGGGGACCCAACCUCGGCGGAGGUGCGGGUUUCGCGUGAGGCCGCAGAAGCGGCGACGUUCUACCUCGACCUGAUCCAGUUGGAUGUGGCGAUUCGUCUGGUGCAAAGUUCUGGGCCCAAAGUGGUUGCAGCAGCUGACGCCUUUGCAGAGGGCGACCGGGCGGGCUUUGGGGGCUGGUGGAUACGGCCGGAAACGCGGCUCUGUCCGGAGAACAUCAACUGGUUUUCCUACCAGAUCUGCCGUGAGGACCUGCCCGACUGGUUCCAGGCAGAAGACUUGGCGUCGGUGAUCUGUGCACUGGAAGCACUGGCGCAAUUCGUACUCUGUUUCUUAUUAGUCCGCGAGGUAGAGCCGGAGUCACGCCCUGCGUGCUUGGGCCGCAUGAUUCUGCGACAGCAUUGCGACAAUCAAGGUGUGGUUGGCGCUACUGCACGGGGCUCUUCCAUGACACAGCCCUUAUGCAGUGUAUUACAAGCUACAGCCAAGCUUUGUCUGGAGCAGAGCAUCGCGCUCCGGAUAUCACAUGUGCCUGGUGAAAGAAACACAUGGGCUGAUGCUCUAUCUCGCGGCCGCAACGUGCUACCGCAUUUCUGGGAAAGGUUGCAGCAGGACGGCCGUCAUGAGGUGGACUGGCGCCAGUUGCUGGACGACCUAGUUCUGUUGUAUCCAGGCAUCGUCAGCUGGAUUUCCGAUUUCCCGCCCGCCCGCCCCAGGGUGGAGAAGCAGCUGCGGAAGGUAGCCGCCGACGCGGGAGGUGGCCGCCAAUGGGGCGACGCUGUGAGAACACGUGUGCCCAUCGGCACUGGAUUGGAAGAGCAAGGAGCUCGAGGGAGCUCCAACUUGUGCUUCAUGAAUUUGCUGCCAAGAAAAGAAGAGUCUGCCCUUCAGUGUGACUUUGUGUGUGAUCCGUUCAGUGCCUCCGCAUCUGCUAGUGAUAUGCUGAGGUGGCUGGAGUCCCUCGAUGUAGACAACAUUAGUGCAGCGGCACACGCGCUUGAAGCCGGUCGACUGCCGCCCGAGCUGUCUGGUUCAGUGCAAGCGUUGCUAACAUUUGCCUUGGGGCCCGAUGUGGUCAAGCGUGGUGAAAAGAGCAUGAGCGAGGCGCCGCCCGCAAAGUUGAGAAGAACCGAUCUUCCUGUAGCCAAGCCAACUGCAGCAGGCUCUUUGGCCAAGGCGUUAGAGUCGGCAAGGCCCUCAGCGCGAGAGGCUACGCUCGCUAGCUUCAAGCGUGAUGUGUGGGCGCCCAGCAACCAGAAACCGCAGGCCUCUCGGUGGCGGACUUGGUCAAAGGUGUGUGACGCCUGGGGAAUUCCGGCUUUGCCGCUAUCGCGGGACGGAAUCGAAAAGGUGGCGGCCUCCUUCAAGGCAGGAGGGUAUAGAUCAGCGCGCCAGUACUUUGCCAGGGCUCGCAGAGAGCAUGUGCUUCAGAUGAAAGCAGAAGUGCCGCCAGAUGUGCUGCUGUGCAUGAGAGAUGCUCUUCGUUCUCUUGAGCGUGGAAUAGGUGGUCCUGCGCUUAAGGACGCAUUCCGUUUUGAAGAGGUGGUGCUGCCCAGCCCCUUCGAGGAAAUUCCGAGUACCCGUCGACAGGCCGCGUGCAUGUUAGUGCUGGGAUGCUGGUUCCUGCUUAGAGAGAUCGAGAUCGCAGCGUUGCAGAGCAAGCACUUGACUGUUGAUUGCGAGCGCAUGGAGGUGACCCUCACACUAGCAGCAAGUAAGUGUGACCAGCAAGGCAACCUUGUUUUGCGAAAACAUGGAUGUUAUUGCGACCACGUUCCUGCAAGAAUGUGCCCGUACCAUAAUGCUGUGGCUUUCGAGAAGAUUCGCCCGAAGAAUUUGGAAGCUCCGCUUUUUCUCAGCUCUCGCGGUCAUGAGUUGUCUAAACAUGAGACCAUCCAGUUGAUCCGCAGAACACUGUCGGCGUCGCCAUUCGCUAUGAAGCGUGCAGGUGCUCAGGGCCAGGCGAUGCUUGAGCGUUUCAAUGGCCACGUCCUUCGAGUUUCGGGUGCACAGUUUUUGGCCAGACGCCUCGUGCCUCUGCCUACCAUCAUGUUGUUGGGGCGGUGGGGCAGCCGCAGUGUCGAGAGAUACGUGCAGGAGGCAGCCCUGGAGACAUUCUCCUUGGAUCAGAUCUUUGACCCCUCGGUGCAUGUCGCCGAGCCAGCGAAGAAGAAGCGGGAUCAGUUGAACUGCGAGGCUGUUGGAGACUCUCUGGCAGCUCUGACUGAGAAGCUCGAAAUCUUGGCAGCUCGCGUGGAAGCAUUGCAAGAGAGGCCGCCGCUCGUGGUGGGCAAGAAAGCCCAUGCGCGAGACCCUCAUGAACUCGACAAGCUGCCAGUCACAUGGAGGACAAGGUGUGGCCUGUGGCAGUAUGGGUGUGCUGCGUUCACGAGAGCGAGCGAAGCCCCUGUGGCCACACGCUGUCGCCGCUGCUUUCCAGAAUGUGCCGAGGAUGGUGAGAUUGACAGCAACCGAGAAGAGUCAGGCUCCAACACUUCGUCAGCGAUGGCGGUCGUGCAUGCGUCCUUCCAACAAGCGAUGGAGCAAGCGGGCAUCCCUAGUGACAUCCAGAAGUACAUUGUCAGCCGCGACAUUACAUCAGUUGAGGUGAUGGCGUCCAUAGCCUUCAAGGUGGAGGAGGUGGACGAAAUUUUGGCAAAGCCGCUCGAGUCGGAGUUUGAGCUCCCAGGUGGGGAAAAGAUUCUGCUGUCAAAGCUUGAGUUCCCCAUUGCGAAGGCCAAGCUUCGAUACUUGUGGCGCAAAUGCUUCAAGGAUUGCAGCCUUGGCGAAGCACCAACGGCGCCGACACUGCCGGCAUCCACACCAGCGGCUUCGGUGACUAAGUCUUCGUCCAAAGAGCUUCCCAGUGGUUACUGGCAGCAGCAAGUCGCAAAGUUUGAAGCUGUCAAGAUCGGAGACGAGACCCGAAAGUUUCCGCAAGAGAAGUUGAUCGGUGCAGAGACAGUAGUUGCUCGCGUGGUGCACGAGAUGCGCGCAGAGAGUCACACAGCUAUUGGGCUUCACGAGGUGGUCCAGGCUCGUUACUUUGAAUCGUCCGGGAACCCCAACCCCCUAUGCGUUGCGAAGAAGAAGCAGAAGGCCCAGGGUGCGAUUUUGACCCUCAACUCUGACUAUCAGAUUGAGACCGAAGCAGAUGCCCCGUGGCGCCCGAAAAGCGUGCUCUCGUUCGUGGACUGCUUGGACUCCAUUCGUGUCCUGAUGAUCUUUGUUGAAAUGGGUAGCGAGUCGGCUGUCUCGAAGUACAUUGAUUGGUUUGAGAAGCAAGUGCGGUCAAGGACAAGCAAACUGGAGCAGUUGAGGUUGUACUGGGAAGCAUGUGCGUGGCGGAUUGCUCUUGCUUUGAGGUCCAAGAGAACUUUCAAGUCGAUCACGGAAGAGAUCAUCCUGGACAACCAAGCGCUCCAGGACGCUGUCUCCAGGGACGUCGUGAUCUUAGACCGUGCUGGGCGUCAACGAUUCCGCUAUGACCAGCAGGACGUCGACCGCAACGGCAAAGGGAAAGGCAAGACUAAGACGAAGACUCGCGGUGGCAAGGGUUAUUGGGACGAUCGCCGAUGGGAGCGACGGAAUGAUAGCUGGCGGCCGGGCCCCUACGCCUCCAACUACCAGACCCCAUCGUGGUCUUCGUGGCACGGUUCCUCGUGGUCAUCCUGGCAGCAGAAGAGCCACCAGUACGGGCAGGAGGACAAGAACUCGCAAAGGGAAUUAGUUCCGGCUGUCGAUGUGCAGCCGACCGGGCAUGGGCACAAGCGGAAGCAAGAGGAUCCGCGAGGACCCCUCCCUCGAAAAUUCCGCAGUUGCAUGCCACGCGAGACUGAGUCCGUCGACGCAAUACUGUUGAGCUUUUUCGAUGGCAUUGGCACGGCGGCGUUGGUUUUCCAGCAGAUCCUUGAGGAGAAAUCCUGGAAGGGGCACAUGAUAUUGUGGGAGUCUGACGAGGACCUAGCAGCGUUGACAAAGGAGCACUUUCCGAAGGCAGAUCACAGGGGUGAUGUUGACAACGAGCGUGUUGCGGAUCUGAUUGAGCGCUUGGACGCUAUCGACCCGGGACGCAAGGCUACUGUCAUCAUCGCGGGCGGUCCUCCCUGCCAUGAUUAUAGUAGGAUUCGUUCUUCCGCUCCAGGUGCUCAGGGUUUGGAAGGCUCGAAAUUCGUUCGCUUUGCCGAGCUGGUCAAAGAGCUGGAGAGGAGUUGGGGAAGGCCCCAAGCAGUGUUGAUCGUGGAAAAUGUCCUCCCGCAGAACAAGGCCGACAUCAGGGCGUUCGAGAAGGCUUUGGCCGCGCAGGCAGUGAUGCACGACUCUAGCGACUUCGGGAUCAUUUCGCGACCAAGAGUGUGGUGGACACGCGUUCCGUGGCAGCAAGUCAGUCAUCGCUCUGAUUGCCCUGCCAAACUGCGUUGGUCAACGCACCAGGGAGUUCCUCGCGUCACCUUUGCAGUCCAUCCGGACAAGAUUGAUGAUUUCGACUUGGGGGGCCUGAAGUGGCCUAGCGUUUUGCUGGACCGCGUUGGUGUGUUGCCUUGCUUGACAACGCCGUCCGAGAGCCCAGAAGGUCGGCCUGCGCCGCGAAGCAGCAAAGGCAAGGUCGAUAGCCAAACUCAGGCACGUUGGCUACAAGACAAUCGCAGUUAUGCUCCCUGGCAUUACCAGGAUAAAAACAUGUUCACGGACAAGUCGGGUGCCUUUCGUCUAGCCACAGCGGAAGUGAAGGAGCAGUUGCACCAUCUUCCGUGCGGUUGGACAAGAAAGCUGCGCGACAAGGCCCGCCACCGCGCACUUGCGAACGGCUGGCAUCUGCGAGCGGCCAAGUUGUUCUUUCUCUUCGGCUUGUUGUCAACCGAGGCUGGGGCAUUGCGUCCACAACCAAACCCAUUGGGAAGCGAUGCCAUUGAGUGCAUGGUGCGUAUUUGGGAGUCGGCGCCGCUCCUCAACGGUCCAGGUGUUCCUACGUUGGCUGAUGCGGAUGAUCUCUCUGACAUCGUUGACCCGUAUGAGCAUUGGGCAGCUUCUCAGCAGUGUCGGCAUUCAGCGCAGCAGGAUCCGCGAAUCGAGCCAGGGCUUCUGCAAUGGCUCCCUGUGUGGCGACACUUCCGCAACGUGUUGCCUGAGAUGCGACGGGCAGUGACCCGGGCCGUGGAAGAGCUUGUUGCGGACCGGGAGGAAGAGACAGCGGCGUGGUUCCGACAGUGUCCUCCGCACAUUCAGAAGGCAUAUUACUCUCAGUCAGGUAGGGCUUCUGUGCAAGUACCAGUGAUUCGGGAACUUGCUACGCGCCUUGGUUGGAAAGACGUGACUAUCUUCGAAGAAAUGGAGCGCGGCUUCCCCAUGUUGGGCAUGAAUAGCUCGGGACUUGGUUGGAGGCUGCGUCAUGACGGGCGCUAUGAUAACCCGGUGCCAGUCAAGGAUUUCUUCCAGGAGAACUUUGCCUUCGUAACCUCCCGCUUACGAAGGGCACGCGUCGACAAGGACUGGGAGGCCAUGGCCGACGAGAUCGCAGCGGAUGUGAAGUGCGGUCGCAUGGAGGGGCCAUUUGCCAUGCCUGAGUGUUGGGGCGUUAAGGGUGUCGCCUUGUCAAAGUACGAGCACACAGCAGCCUUGCUUUCUGGUCCUCACGAGCAUGUCCCCUGUUGCUUUGCGUUUGCCGUGCAUCAGAUUGGUUCGGAUGGGCAGCCCAAAGUGCGCCGAGCCGAAGACUGGCGUAGCUCGGGGGCGAAUGCGACCGUGGGGGUGCCGGAUUCACCGGCGUACCAUGAUAUCACCGCGUUUGUGGAGCUGGCCAGAGCGAUCAGGAAGAAUAACAGCCCAGCAGAUGGCGCAGUGCAGCUGUGGGGUGUGGACCACGAGGCGGCGUACAGACAGUUUCCAGUAAGCGAGCCGAAUCACACGUGGGUCAUCCUUUCUACACCUUCGGGCCCAACUCUGUGGAGGCACAAUGUGCUUAUGUUUGGGAGCACAGCGUCAGUGUGGAGCUACUGCAGAAUAGCGGACUUGCUGGCGUGGCUAUCAAGGGCUCUGCUAUUGGUGCCACUCUUGCAUUUCGUGGAUGAUUUUGGAUCCGACGAGCCGGCUGACACGAGACCCGGUCCUAACUAA